AUGGCCGCGGGCGUCAGAAUCCAGGCCGUGAGCGCAGAGCAGGGGUGGGGAGCGAGCUGCAUUAACGCUAUGCUGAAGAGGGGCUGCAAGGCAGACUGUGUCCACAGGACAGACCUGAACAAGGGCAAAAACUCUCUCUCGUCUCCUCUUACGUGUGGUAAUUACCUCCCUCUCUCUGUGGAGGUUGUGCCUUUGCUGUUUAUACCUUUCUCUCUCUCUCUCUCUCUCUCUCUCUCUCUCUCUCUCUCUCUCUCUCUCUGUGACUUUGUCAACCUGUCAGCACAAGUCCAGUCCCUUGACUCUCUCUUGUGCUUUCAAGGACAAGAAGGACCCUACUUCCCCAACACAACACGACACUUGGAUCAUCCUUUGCAACGUGGCUCAAGGACAACCAAGGCGAGUGGCCCGAUAUUGGCAGUGCUGGAAAAGCCAAAAGCCAAAGGUUCGCCGCGCCAAAGGGCCCUAAGAGAGGCGCGCUUGCAGCCACCAAGCCGACCAGAGGUGUGUGUGUGUGUGUAUGUGUGUGUGUGUGUGUGUGUGUGUGUGUGUGUGUGUGUGUGUGUGUGUGUGGGAUUUCAAAGGAAAAAGCCCCAACACCAACACAAGGAUAACAUUUUGAUAUCACACCUAAGCCAUGGGUUUUGCACACUUAAACCCAUGGCGGAUCGGGAGCGCGCCAAGACCCUGACGGGUGUCAGCGAGGCGGAUCUCAUUGGUGUUCAGGAUCAUCCCUUUCUCUCCCACGGCGACUUUGCCAACCUCUUUUUUGAAGGUCUUCAUGGCUAUGCCUUUGUGGAUGUGCUGGAGAGCCAUUUCCUCACCGUGUACCAGAGCACUGACCAGCUGCCUCCAAGCUUUGAACAGUCUUGUGUUUUCCAACUGCUCCUCUCGAGUGAUGUGGAAGAGGGUGCCGUCCUCAAGUACGGUGAUACGAUCAGCCUCUACCAUCGUGCCACCGAGCAGUAUGUGACAAGAACCAAGGAACACAAGGGCUCAGGCUAUGCCAUCAGCCUCCAGCCCACCCGUGAUGAGACGACCCUUUUUCGACUUCUCCCGCGCUUCAAGCUCCGGGCCAUUGGUGAUGUCAUUCGCUAUAACGACCAGCUUCUUCUUGAGAACACCCACAGUGGCCAAGGCACCACCUAUCUCUCGGGCACAGAUGUUGAUAAUACCGGACAGUCCAUUGUCCAUGCCGCCGGCAAGCGCACAACGGGCAUUCGUAUGAAACUUUUUGCCCCUUUUAAUGUUUCGAGCAAAGCCUUUGAGCAUGUCCUCAAAGGCGGUGACUACGUACGCCUGCACCACUCAGAAGCCAAUGGGUUCCUUGUUGUGGCUCAAAACCCACAGGACGUGCCCGGCCAGUUUAUUGGCACUGAACAUACCGUUUGCCUGCGUCAACUUCGAGAUGGCUCAGACGCCAUGGACUACCAUGACGCCAGUUCAAUCUGGCAGGUCGAACUCAAGAACACCGAUCGUCGUGGUGGUCGAGCAGUGCGUUGGAACGAUGAGAUUCGGUUGCGCAAUUUGCUCACCAACCAAUACUUCAACUUUGAAGCCAAGACCAAAACCAAUGCCAUGGCCCCCGUCGAAGGCCCCAGCAAUCCUCACAACCUCAUGCAGCUGAUCGAAACAACUCAAAUUGCUUCGGGUGGCUUUGCCAUGAAUGAGCCCGUGCGCUACCACACGUUCUUCUAUCUGAGCAACUCCACCCAACGCGGCUGGGCAACUGUGAACACGGCCACCGAGCUAGUGGAGGAGCAUAGCAGCGGGCAUGGCACCGAUCGUCAACACUUUUUGCGAACCAUGAUACAAAGUGUGCGUCAGGAUCAAGACGCAUUUGCCUUUAUGGACGUGUCUGCUGCCGAUAUCCGCAACUUCUACUACGCGCUUGGUCACGUGAAGAAGAUUGAGCAGCUGGGAGUGGACCUGAACGAGAUCGAGGACCACCGAAUUAGUCGCAGCUUAGGCGAAGCCCGUGUUGCCAUCGACAAGUUGAUCUUUUUUUGCACUGAAGACGAUGACGCUGAUGAUGCACUCGAGGCUGACGGCCAUGGCGAAACUUUGCACCAGAACAUGCUUCUUGACUUGCGCGUCCACCACAUGCUCAUGGGCUUCUUACGCAUGCCGUUUACUCGCGGUGAAGAUGGACACUUGCACUGGCUGCCCGAAUGGCGCACGCGCAUCGACUCGGACACGGUCGUGAAUGAUCUUGCCCGUCGUGCCAUGCGGCUGUUGCGCCAGAUGUGCCACGAUAACGUACACACAAGCAACGAGAUUGCACAUGCUUACCUUGCAGACAUUACUGACAUGUCACGUCUGCUCAGUCAAGUGGACGCUCAGUGGAAUGCGGCCGACACCCUUGAAGAAAUCUUUGCAGAUAACUUUGAGCUGCUUUCCAAUCUCAGCGAUGCCUACAUCCAAGUGUACCUCCGCAUGUUGCGAGAGGCACACACGCUAGCUGAUCUCGAACAGGACCUUCACCUUCUUAGCAGCCUCUGCAUUCAUGAUAACAUCCCCAUUGUCAACAUUCAAUCCAUGCUGCGGGCCGCUCUUUUGGGAGAAUCCCAUGUUCCUGUUGAACAGCAACUUCUCCCUAGCACCAAGCUACAAAACGGUGUCAUUCAAAUUUUUGCGCGUCAGCCCACUCCCAAUAAGCCGUAUGAGCAGUGGGAGGGCCGCUGGGAGAGCCUUGCCACGUACUGCAAGAACCACGACUCAUUGCGAUUUUACGAAGCUGUGCUCCAGUUGUACAACCAUCUAUCCAUUGGCAAGGUUGCAGAUACGACCCUUCGCGAGCCCGAACACGUCCCUUUUGUUGAAAUUAUGGCCAUUCUGAAGGCCAAUGAUCUGCCUGUUUCGCUCAAGCGAUGCUACCUUACGUUGUGUACGAACCUCUACAUCGCUGAUGGCGAUUUGCUGGAGGAUGACGGCGAGAACCGCAUGUGGAACGAUCUUGGCAACGAGCGCCAAGCUGCCCACCGUCAGAAAGUCAUUGCCAACCUCCUCGAUUUUGACGAACUGCACACAUGGAUUGUGUCUUUUCUUGCUGCAAACGCCCAGCAACUUUUGCACGUCGAGCACGAGCUUCACCAUGAUCCCCACAAAAAGCUUUCCAGCGAAGAAAAGAAGCUGAUUGAUGAAGAGAUUGACCUCAAUGAGAUGGGUGAAGCUUUGUUCCACAUGAUCGGCACCAUGAUCAAACUUGGUUACUACGUAGACUCCGGUCGCCGCCAGGCCAUCGCCCACCACCUUCUCGCCAUUCUCAUGAACAGCCGCUUGGGCAUCAAUGAGCUCACCGUGCACCACGGCCACGGUUUCGAGGUCAUGUAUCGUGCCAAACAAGCCAUUUGCAACAUUUUCAAUGCAUCUUUGAAAUGGGAUGUCAGUGAACAUGUCAGCAAUCUACUCAAGGGCUUCAAGCAGGCCUAUGAAAGCAAAAAGGGCAUGCAUCUUGAAUUCACGCCUCGCCAGCUCCACAACAUUGUCCCACAUGGUGACCAGGCUUUGUUCUGGUUUGCUCGACACAACAUGACCGCAGAGGACUUCACCAACCUGAUUUUAGAGCUCACGCGCUACACGCACGGAGGCAUGCGCAUUGCUGCUCUCGACCUGCUCAUGUCCUCUUUCAACAUCCGAGGCAUGGUUCUGGAAGCAUUGCGUUACAUUGAAUUUGUGGUUGAUGAGGCAGACCAGAUCAUGCUUGAGAAACUGCGUGAAACGCUUCUGGAGCUGGGCAAAGAAGAUCACAAGGACAUUCACCAUGUGGCCCGUCACAUGACCGACGAAAUUUUAUGGAUGACCUCGCAAUGCAUCAACGUCAACGACGUCUUAGGUGACCCCGUCACAGUCAACUGGCGUCGACCAGGAAGUCGCCUCGUGCCUCACCAUCAUCACCAAGAAAUCUUUCGCCACGAGGGUGCGCACAACCUGGUCUUCGACAUUAUCAAGCAUCACACUGAGACCGCAGCCCAGAUCCAAGACCUUCUUGAAAGUCCUGAGGUGGACGAGCUUCUCAAGUCAUGUUUUGACUUUUUGGCCUUUUUUGUGCUGAAGGACAAGGAGAACCAACGCGAAUUUAGCGAUGAGCACCAUGUUGAAACCAUCCUGCGUUGCUGUGCACACGGCAUCCACGCCGAGAAAAUGCUGGGUGCACUUUUGCAAAGCAACAGCGAGCUGGCCGAGGAACACUUUGCAGAACAAGGCCGCGAGGAGAUUGGUGAACUCAUUGACGCUUUUGCUGAGAAUUCGCGUUGUCAAACUCCAGACUUUUUGAGCAUGUUGCGCGCGCUCAUCACUGAGAGCUUUGCACAAAACAUUCAAACCGAGAUCUUCAACGGCCUUAUUAAAGCUCUUGAUGCCCACAAGGUCCUUAUCGACUUUGGGGCAGAAACAUUUGGGAACGUGCUGGGACGCAACGAGAACGUCAUGUCAGCCAUUGUCACGCUCUACGAAAAGAGCGACCCGACACACGAAGAAGAGCACCUACGUGAGUUGCUAGUAGAGUUUGUGCAUUUGCUUGCCAUGGCGGGCGACGGCAACGCUGAAAUCAAGGACUCCAUCACCCGCUUAAUCCCAUACCACGAGGCCAUGCUACCCUUCUUGCACAUUGGAUCCUCGUCUGCGAAAGAAAAAAGCCAUGGCAUCCCACGCAAGACGUUGGUCGCCUUCAUUGCCUUUGUCAACUUGAUCUAUUUUCCUCACCUCGAAGCUACUGAUCUGGAUGAUGAGGUGCCGAUGGAGGCCGGUGGUGAUUUCGAAAUGUAUGGGUUUGAUGGCGAUUCGGCCACUUCAAAGCUCCUCGACUUGACUCGCGUGUGCACAUCGUUAAAGGUGCAAGUUGAGCAGCUGUCUGUCGUCAUGAAGCGCUCUUGGAAGGUCACGGUCACGGAUUUGGAUCCCUUUAUCUGCGACCAUGUCCUGCCGCUUUUUUUGCACAUGACACAACAUGCCGUAGCUUUGUUGCGCGAAGUGGACCCCACCCAAGCGGUGGAAUUCACAACGGAAGCCUCAGCUCUGCGCUCCGUCCUGGUCACUUACCUCAACAAGCGCAAGAAACUAAGCCUCUCAAACCCGCAGUUCAUCUUGGCCCAUGAUGACCGCGUCUCAGUUGCGCAAGCACUGAAAGAUUUUGCUGAGCUUAUCAAUCUUAACAUUCUGAGUGGAGUUUUUGGCGACGAAAGCGAACAAGUCAAGCUCAUCAAGGUUGUGCGAUGGUAUGAUGACGCCGAAGCUAAAACCAUGCGCCUCGCCACUGCUGCACAGAACCACGGCUCGCAUGGUAGCCACGGUUCGCGGGGCACGCGCAAGCAUGGCAGCAGCAAGCUCAGCUUGUUGGGUGGGAAGAAGCGGGGCUCUGGCGCCCAUCACACGGCAAAUGUUGGCACGGGCACGGCGCGACUAGCUGCUGCUAUGCAGACGAAUGAAGCAUCAGAAGGCGAUAAGAUUCAAAUGGAGCUGCCGUUUUUUGUGGAGCUCAUCAAAAAGGGCUUUCAAGAAGGCCAUCGUCCUCACCACUAUUCAUGGAUGCACAAUUUGAAGGAGGAGUUUGACUUUCCAGAGUUCUGGCGAUUGGUGGGCAUCAUUCGAAAGCUUUUGUCUGGCCAUCACAACGGCAAAGGUGGCGAUACCGUCGAGAGCGAUGAGAAGACAGAGGCUGGCACUGCACACCAUCAUGGCCGAAGUAUUGUGCGCCGUGCUGUGCGCGUACAUGCUUUUAUCGACAUUGACAUUGAUCAAUGCCUCCAGCGGAUCAUCACUCACUUUGAGCAUCACGAGGUGGAUGAUUACGCGUCUGAAGACUUUGCUGAAGAAGAGCAGGUUGUCAAAGAGUUUCUUAUCCUGCUCUGUGGCAUCCUCUCCACAGAGGACACUCACCAUCACCGCCACCAUUCAACCAAAGCUGAGCAACAGCUUGUUGAUGUCAAGCAAGUGGCUCGCCACCUUAAUCGCUUGAACUUGCCGGAGAUGCUCCUUUUCCUGGUGGCAGCACACCAUCGCAGCACCGUGGAAAUGGCGGCGCGACUUGGCGUUUUGCUCCUGCGCUCGACUCCCAAAGAAAAUGAGAUUGAUAUGACCAAGGUCAAGAUUCAAUCGUCUCUCAACGACCUCAGCCAACGCAGCUUUUUACGCGCUAUCAAAAGCCCAGUCGGUCGGCGUGCUCUCCUGGCCUGGCAACAUCGGUUUGAGCAGCAUAUUCACUUUCUCAACAAACGCGUGCACGAAGAUCCGAUUCGCAGCCUGCAUCGUGAUCAAGAUCAAGAAGACCUAGAAAAUGAUACGGUUUUGGAGUUGCUGAAAUUGAUUGAAGCCAUGCUUGCGGGCGGCUACAUGGACAUGCAGACGAUUUUCCGCCACCAAGAAGGGCAAAAGAUUGAUGUGUUGGCAACUUUGGUGGAUUUAGCGGGCGCCUACGCACCGCUAAUUCGCAUGCGCCUGCAAGAUGGCUUCUCUGUGCAAGAUAUCGAGCGCGAUGAAGCCAUUGGCGAAGUGGAGAAGGAGCUUCGCCGUGAAGUCAAUGAUGUUGGGGUUCUUCAACAGGAUCCUCUUCUCCUGUACCUCACCUACAUGGAGUAUUCUGACCUCGAGAUCACCGACGAGAAUCAACCCCACGAGAUGAACAACUUUUUCACUAUUGAUCGAAACCGUGACAUUGCAUUGCAAAUCACCGUCGACUGGGCCUACCUCUUUCAGAUUGAGGAGAUCGAACAUGAGCAUGGCUUAUCAGACUUUCGCCAAAAGGCAGGCUCUGAAAUCAUGCUGACAGCGGCACAGUUGCAUUCACUUAAGAUGUGUCAGCAGCUCUUGCAUACCAUGGACUCGAUUGAUGAAGAUUGUGAAAACGCUAUUCUCGAGCUGCUUCGCGGCCUUCUUGAAGGCCGCAAAGCAGGUGAUCAUGCCUUUGAUGUGCUGGGCUCCUGCCUUUUCCCUGUCGGUAUUUCAAGCCAGUACUCGCUAAGUCUGAGUGCAGAUGCCAACGUGAUGAUGCACAAUCUGUCCAAGCACAUGGCGGCAGCAGGAUCAAAGCACGGCCUUGAGGAGGACGAUGACAGCGAUAUCGAAGAUGAAGUUGAUGACGCCGACGCCACGCACUACUCCGAUGCCGACGUUGCCUAUGGUUAUUACAUUGUCAUUAAAUUGCUUAUUGACGGCUCGCGCUUCCACGGUGAACGUAUUCGCCAAAAGCUGACGGCCUGGGAGGACCGCAAUCACGCCGGGCUUCGCAAAACGGUUGGGCGCAUUGAGUUUCUUCGCAAUGACGACAUCGAAGCCUUGUACUUUCCCUUACCCGCCGCGGUGACCGCCAGCCAAAACCACCCUAUGGUGCAAACUCUCAAGCAGGAAAUGAUCAACAGUACCAUUCUCUUGAAUCCGAUGCAAAAGAUCGUGGGCUUUUUUAACCAGGCAAACUCUCUCCUGAACGUUGUUGAGCGUCGUGACCGCUACCAUGAAUCGUGGUGGAAACUCUUUUUAAGCGAGCAACGCCUGGUCUCACUCUUGGCACUUUUCCUGACCAUUCUCUUGAACGUGUACAUUAUCUUUGACUUGGGCAAUGACUUUUUGAAGGAGGCGGGCAAGAAACCGGAUGUUCCUCUUUUCGUGCUGGACAUUGUCAAGAUUCUGCAUCUUGUCUGCGCAAUCUUGAUGCUGGCUGGCUAUGCGCUCAACGGCCUACCAGUUGAUGUGGAGCGCUACGCGGAACUCGCGCCCGCCAUGCAGCUGCCCAUUGGACAGUACGCAGUGCAGUUCAUCAAGCAGCAAUUAUUCUGGGUCCAUAGCUCGGGCGCGCCCUUUUUCGUCCUCUAUUGCGCGUUAAGCCUGGUCGGUCUCAUUCAUGACACGCGAUGGUAUGCCUUUCACAUUUUCGACCUAGCCCUUCACGUGCCCGUCAUGUUCCUCGUGGUGCGCGCCGUCAAGAGCAACCUCCCACGCCUACUGGGCACCUUUGCAUUCACCUUCCUGCUGAUUUAUGCCUUUGCCCUCAUUGGGUUGGCCGCUUUUAUGGGUGAAUAUGGUUUUGCGGACACCUCAGCCAUCUGCACUCCCCAACACACCUUCUUGGACUGCCUACGUGACCACGUGUACUACGGGUUUUACAGUUCUCCGGUCUUUGAUGGAGAGCUCGGCCUUGGUGCAUUUUUCUAUGCGUUGAUUUACUUUAUUCUCGUUGUUCUCAUCAUGUCCAGCAUUGUGUCGGGUCUGAUCAUUGAUUCGUUUGCUCAGUUCCGCGAAGAGAGCGAGAACAUUGCCUCGGCCAAUGCCAAUGUGUGUUUCGUGUGUAGCCUCACACGUGACGACCUGGAAGAUGUUUCUCCGUCGGGUUUUGAUGGCCACAUUGCUUUUGACCACAACGUGUGGAACUACUGCUGGUUCAUUCUGUACGCUGAGCAUCGUGAGCGCGAGGGCAAAGAGCUUACCAGUUCGGAGCUUCACGUCUUACAGCACUGGCAGCGCCGUCGCUUCGCCAACAUUGUUCCCGUACAGCGUGCCAUGUGUCUGGCCGAGAAUAAAAGCCUGGAAGAUCAGCGUGCAGACCUCGUCCAGUCCCGUCUGGAUGCCAUCGAAAAGGAGUUGGCCGCUAUUUUGACGGAAAACCGUAAGCGAGCCCAGUAG